CGCACGCACGCACGCGCGCGCACGGAUGGAUAGAUGUGGAUGAAUGUGCAUGUGACGGAGGGAGAAGAUUCAGAUUCAGAUUCCCACAUCCUCGCAUCCUCGGCCACAGAACGGGGGGCUCGCGCCGGUGCGGAUUCGCGUCUCGCCGAGAAGGAAAAGACGCGCACACACACACACACACACACACUCUUACGCACGCACACACACGCACACACACGCGCGCGCUCCGGGAGUGCAUUUCUGCAGUGCAGGACUCUCUCUCUCUCUCUCUUUCUCUCUCUUUUCUCAUUUUGGGACCGGACUUUUUUUUUUUUUUUGCUCUUUAUUUUUUUGGCUUCUUUUCUGCUUUUUUACAUUUUUGGCUCUUUUAUGGAUGUUCAAAGUGGAAAUUGAGAAAUUGAUCAGAGGACAGCGCAGGCGCGAGCGUCUCAACUUUCACGCGGACCGGGUUCUUUUUUUUGGCUGCGGUGGCACGAGCGCCAAAAAAAAAAAAAAAAAAAAAACAAAGCGGGGGAAUUAGUGAGACCUUUUAAAGUGCACAGCAGUUCCCUUUUUCUCUUCCUCUUCUUCUUCUUCUUCUUUGAUACAAACAACAACAAAAGAUCAGAUCCGCAUCAGACAUCAGACAUGUCCAGCUUGGAUUGACGCGCUAUCGGACAUCCAUCCCUGUCUCCUUCCUUUUUUUUUUUUUUUUUUUUUUUAAUUAGUCAGCUCGUUUCAGGUCGGUUGGAGGGAGGGGGGUGUUGGUUGGUCAUCAACUUUAGGGUGAUGCCUCCCCUGCAUGUGUGUGUGCGCGUGUUUUCGGAGUGUGUGUUUUUCCCCCCUCGACCUCCUCGCGCUGAGCUUUAACAGAGCAGCCUGCGCCUUCUUUCCUUCAACUUGUUGCACUCUUUAUUAUCAUCAUCAUCAUCAUCAUUGUUAUUCAUGAUAAUAUUUAACCCAGAGGAGAUCCUGCAAAGAUCGCAAUAAUAACGACGGACAGGAAGAGGAGGAUGAUUGACAGAAAGCAAAGCUGAGACGGCUGUCCAUCAAAAGUAUCAGCCCACAGAAGACGACUCAUAUCAGACGUCUCCCUCGCUCUCUCUCACUCUGUUUAUCGCCCUCGGUCCUCCCUGCGGAUCCGUAUAAAGAGAGUGCGUAGACGAAGCUGGCAUGUUCCCUCACCUUUGGCACCCUCUGCUUGCUAAAACUCGGAUUAUUUCAUAAACUUGGCCCUCUGAACACACCUUCACACCCUCUCUCACACACUCCUUAUUUGCUUGAUCUGUCCAUCCGCGCUCAGGCAGCCAUGCGUGUGUGGUUGAUGGUGACCCUCCAGGCGGCCUGGCCGUGUUUUUUCGGACUGGCCAUGCAGCACUACCCCACCACGUGGGGCCACUACGACAUGUGCAAGUCGCAGGUUUACACGGACGAUGGACUCACCUGGGAUUACAUGGCCUGCCAGCCCGAGGCUGCCGACAUGACCCAGUACCUGAAGGUGACACUUGACCCUCCAGACAUCACCUGCGGAGACCCGCCCGAGACCUACUGCGCCCUGGAAAACCCAUACAUGUGCAACAACGAGUGUGACGCGGCGACAGAGGAGCUUGCCCACCCUCCAGAACUCAUGUUUGACUUCGAGGGUCGCAACCCCACCACUUUCUGGCAGUCCAGUUCUUGGAGGAAGUACCCUAAACCCUUGGCAGUGAACAUCACACUAUCCUGGAACAAGACCAUCGAACUGACGGACGACAUCGUCAUCACGUUUGAGUCAGGCCGUCCUGAGCAGAUGGUGCUUGAAAAGUCACUGGAUUAUGGGAAGACAUGGCAGCCAUACCAGUUCUAUGCCACUGACUGCUUGGACGCCUUCACCAUGGAGCCAAAGACGGUGCAGGACCUGUCCCAGUUCACGCUGCUGGACAUCAUCUGCACAGAGGAGUAUUCACGUGGCUAUGUCUGGAAGUAUGACAAGACUGUGCGCUUUGAGAUCAAGGACCGCUUCGCCCUGUUUGCUGGACCACGUCUCCACAACAUGGCGUCCUUAUAUGGCCAACUGGACACCACGAAGAACCUACGAGACUUCUUUACCAUCACAGACCUGCGCAUCCGGCUCCUCCGACCCGCCACUGGGGCCACCAUGGUGGAUGAGGGCAACCUGUCCAGAUACUUCUAUGCUAUCUCUGACAUCAAGGUGCAUGGCAGGUGUAAGUGUAACCUGCAUGCGAACAGCUGUGUGUUUGAUAAGGAGAAGCUGAGCUGUGAGUGUGAGCACAACACCACGGGGCCCGACUGCGGACGCUGCAAGAGGAACUACCAGGGCCGAGCCUGGAGCGCCGGGAGCUACCUGCCUAUACCUAAAGGCACGGCUAAUAUCUGUGUGCCGAAUAACGUGGGGCCAGUGAACUGUAAUUGUAAUCCGUUGGGCUCAGAGAGUGACCGGUGUAAUGGCACUGGGUUCUGUAAGUGUAAGAGCGGAGCGACAGGCAGUAAGUGUCACCAGUGUCUGCCCGGCUAUUUAUGGGACAAUGGCUGCAAAUCCCGAGUGUGUGAUGACGAGCUGCUUCGCUGCCAGAACGGCGGUGUGUGUGUGAACAACGUGAGGUGUCAGUGUGCCCCGGGAUACUCGGGCCUGCUGUGCGAGAAGGUUCGCUGCGACAGUGAAGCCGGCUGCGGCUCGUCUGAUUCGGCUCAGACUUCCAUCCCGUCCUCCAUCAUCAUCCUGCUGCUGCUGCUGCUGCGUUCAGCCUGGGCUUUAACCCUCUGAGAAACACACACACACACACAAAAACACACACAUGCAAUACACAUGGCUUUUACAGUACAAGCAAACUCCUGUACACAUAUACAUAUACAUACACACACACACACACACACACACACACACACACACACAAUACAAAAUACACAAUACAUAUAAAAGGCUGAUCAUCAGAAAUCAGAGCGAAACCCUAAUUUGAGAGGACAAUAAAUAAAUAUAUAAAUAUAUGUAUACAAAAUUUAAAAAUAUUACAAAUCUAUAAAAAUUAAAGAGUCACGAGAUGUUAUUUAGAAAAUUUAUCCAAGCAUUGCUUCAUAAAGGCGUCAGCGUGAAGGAGUAUGGUGGACUAAGCCAUAGCAGAAACUCAAACUCGCCCCUCCUCCUCUUCCUCCUCCUCCUCUUCCUCUUCCUCCUCCUCCGCCAGCCUACACCUCCCCACCAAGAGCAAACAGGAAGUGGAUCUUGCUACUUCCUCUUUAUCGCCACGGUAACUUGGGAUCAAGAUGGCGAACGCCUGCAACUUUGGACAACUUUGGACUGCUUUUGGGCUUUCCUCACACGGAGAAUGUGUCCAGAUCACGUGGACUAUUUACAAAAUUGUAAAAAAUAAAAUCGAAUAAAAAUAAAUAAAGACUCAUGAGAAGAAAAAUCAUAAACAUUCUUUGCUGUCAGUGCAUUGUGGAGAUCAGACUGAGCUGCGUUUAAAGGAAGUCCAUCCAUUUCCACUCGUAUUUGGUGAAAAAGCCUCGACGAUCACUUUUUCCCCCAUUUCUGUUUUUUUUUUUGUUGUUGUUUUUAUUAUUAUUUUAUCGUCCGAUGUCAGAGUCAGUGCAGCACUUGUGUAUUAGCUGUCCCCAAAAUAUAAAUAAACCCAUGAAGAAGUGCUUAAAAAAUCAUCAGCGUAUUUAAUUUUUUGUAUUUACAAAGAUUUAUUUUCUUUACAACAAAUAGGACAGAGUUUUUGUAUUAUUAUUAUUAUUAUUAUUAUUAUUAUUAUUAUUAUUACUCAUAUUACUGAUAAACUGUGUUUAAGAGCGAUGUGUUAAGUAUGUUAAAGAAACAUGAAAUGAAAAGAUGGAUGAUUAAACUUUUAAGUUUUAGGGGCCCAAGCACCGAGAGCCAUGACAUAUUUUUGAUCUCAAUCAGGUCAGUUGAAUGUACUCAAAGAGCGGCUGCGUUAAAAUGCCAAGGAUCGGUUGCACCAACAGGAUAUGAAGUAAGCAGCUGUAUGAUGCUGUAUGAUGUUUGUCCCGAUUUCAACCAUCUCACAUCGUAAAAAAAAAUUCUUUGGUUGCGAGUUGAGAUCCGUGUCUCAGAACGCAUAUUGUGACGUGCUCACGUUUUUUUUUUGGCUUUGAUUUAGUAUUACUGCGACCAAAGAUGGCCGACAGCGAAGUAUCUGUCAGUGGGAGAAAUUAUAUAUAUAUAUAUAAUUCAAAUCUCAGAGUGUGAGCACUGCUACGACACUCGUCUAAAAUCCUCCAAUAGGAUGACGGCAAACUCAUGGAACAGCUACAACAGCUAUGUUAGUGGCGAUGGAGAAACUUAAACAAAACAUGAUAAUAGCCAGAACAAAAUCUGAUUCUUACCUCAAGCUCACUUGUGUGUUAAUGCGAGCUCGUGAUCUGUAUGAGCUGAUUUCCAGAUGAUUGAUGACGUAAGCAGAAUGUAGGCGUUUUCUUUAAUCGCAGGUCUAUCGUUACAGGAUCUUCAUCGUACAAUCUGACACGUUAUCACACAUUCUGCCAUCUUGUAAUAAUCUUAAAAGAAUGCUGAAAUUGCAUCGACUAAAACCAAAUUUAGUUGUAACUUUUUGGAUCUAAAAUGAAUAAUUAUUUUAAGCAUAUAAUUUAGGCUUAGGUGGGAGCAGACAUUAAGACAAAUUAUGGAUGGAUUCUAUGAUAAGUGCAAUAAAUAUUAACUGGAUAAUCACAACAGCGUGUACUCCUCGAGCACAUGGAGGUGUUUCUGAGCUGGUACAGUAUGUUCUUCUGCGUUCUGCUCAAAGAGUCUUUCCAAAAAGUUUCCAAACAUCUUCACCUGUAUGUUUUUCUACUAUACUAAUACUAUACUUUUUAAUCACAUUUUUUUAAAUCAACAUUUUUUUUUUGUUAUUAUACUGUUGAAUUGUGCACACAGUUUAAUUCAGUUCAUUUUAAAUUUUACUGCAGUUAAAGUUACUUUUGUGUUUUUUUGUUCCAUUAGAAAUCAAAAUUAGCAAAUUAAGUGUCAUGCUAGAAGUGUGUGCAAAUCAAAUUUCACUUCGGUUUAUGCAUCAGGAAUAAAAUCUGGGGUUUUUUUCAGCUAAACACACCUGACUUAAUAUCUGUUGGUGCAACCUGCUCCUGAAAGUUAUAUCAAAUUACAGUUAAUAUUGCGGGAAGUAUUCCAGUAGUCAGAACACCUGCACAGGUAAUUUAUCAUGGGGAUGUUUUCUCUCCGCAUGUCAUCAAACUGUACAUAAAUUCCUGUUUUGGUAGCACUACUAAUAAUUAAAUGUGUCUUUUUUCCCCAAAUAGGAUGAGGCCAUCUGCUCCAUCUAGAGCUUUAUAAAUGAAAACUUCUACAACGCAGAUCUGGUGCUUGGCCCCCUCAAAUCGCUGCUUUCAGCUCUAUAUAUAGAUAGAUAACAUGCAGUAUUUUUUUGAAUCAUGCAGUUUCUUGAGUAGCGACAGCGUGCUAGCAUCAAAGAAUCUUGGUUUACAUGAAAUGAGGCUGAAGUGUAAUGACAAAACCCCACCAAAGGACAUUCUCAAUGUUUUCUCGUUGCUUUAAACACUGAAAAAUUUAAGUGAAUAAAAGUUUAAAAAGGCCUUUUA